AUGGCAGACCCGUUUGAAGUGCGCAUGCGGUUUACUAACCAGCUGCGCCAGCUCAACGCAUCUGUGACAUCGGCUCAGAAGGCAGCACAGUAUGCUUUGAAAUACCGAGACAUGGCCGAGGACUUGCACUCGUGCAUCCUGGAACAGCUCGAAAGAGUCCUCCACGCACUCCAGAGCAAGAAUUUUCUCGAGGCCCAAGCCGUAACCCAAAUCGAAGAAGUGCUCAAAGAGCGCGACGCUUCAGCCCAAGACAUCGCCAUGUCCUCACCUCCUCUCAACGGAGACGGCAUCCCCGAUAAUCUCGGCGACAUGCCCCCGUCACGCACGCUGCCGCCUUACAACAAGAAGGGCAAUGGUCCCCCGAAGCUGGACAAGAAGCAGACCGAGCAGCGGAUCGAGGAGGACCGGGAGCGGCACAAGCGGCAGAGGGAAAACAUUUGGGCGGUUCCGCCCGGCGAGGACGCCGAGAUGGAGAAGCUCUGGGAAGAGACGAGUGAUCUUGGGGAGGACGACCAUCGGAUGGGAGAGGAGGAGUGGGCGGAAUGGGAGGCUGAGUUCGAAGCGCGGAAGUGUUCGCAUCGUAAGGAGGGCGCUAAUGGUGCGCAUUGA